AUGAUUAAGCAAGAUAUCUCAAAAGACAUGGAUUCAACCCAGUUGAAGAGGAAAAGCCCUAGUUCAACACCACCAUCAGAAGUGUUUCCUGAUCUCAUCGAAAUCGAUUCGGAUUCCGAGGACGAGUCGAAUAUUAAUAAAACCAAUGAUAAUGAUGAUACAUUCAUUGAGAGAAGGUCGAGUUUUUCUGAAGAUUCUUUUGUUGAUGAUAACAGGGAACUUGUUGACGCUAGUUAUAAGAAUGCCGGUAUUGUUAGUAAUGUUACGACGGCUGCUGUGACCGCCUCGUCGAAUGUUGCUCGUAAACAGUUCUGGAAGGCUGGUGAUUAUGACGCUUCUUGUGUUCUUGGGGCUCAUCCAUCCACCUCUUCUUACUCCGCCGGAAUGGAUCAUGUUAGAGUCCAUCCAAGGUUUUUACAUUCUAAUGCAACAAGUCAUAAAUGGGCAUUGGGAGCUUUCGCCGAGCUCCUUGACAAUGCUUUGGAUGAAGUCAAUAAUGGCGCUACUUAUGUUAAAAUUGACAUGCUUAUAAACGAAAAGGACCGUAGUAAGAUGCUUUUAGCUGACAUAGACCGCCAUAGAAUGCUGCUAGUUCAAGAUAAUGGCGGUGGAAUGGAUCCCAACAAAAUGAGGCAAUGUAUGUCUCUUGGGUAUUCAGCAAAGAGCAAGCUUGCAAACACUAUUGGGCAAUAUGGAAAUGGUUUUAAGACUAGUACCAUGAGGCUAGGGGCAGAUGUUAUCGUCUUUUCAAUGUGUCAAGGGAAGGAUGGCACAUGUCCUACAAGAAGUGUAGGGAUGUUGUCAUACACAUUUUUGACUAGUACUGGGAAGGAGGAUAUCAUUGUUCCUAUGAUUGACUAUGAGAAGAAAGGGGAAGUUUGGACCAAGAUUGUACGCAGUUCUCUAGAAAAUUGGCAUGUAAAUUUAGAGGCUGUUGUCCAGUGGUCUCCAUUCUCCAGCGAGCAAGACCUCCUUCAGCAGUUUGAUUCCAUAGGUUAUCAAGGUACCAGAAUUAUAAUUUACAAUCUCUGGGAGGAUGAUAGAGGACAGUUGGAGCUGGAUUUUGGUACCGAUCCUCAUGAUAUCCAAAUUCGAGGAGUCAAUAGAGAUGAGAAAAGGAUAGCUAUGGCUAGAAAGUAUCCCAAUUCUAAGCAUUUCUUAACUUAUCAGCAUUCACUAAGGAGUUAUGCAUCUAUCCUUUAUCUGAGAAUUCCUACUGGAUUUCGGAUUAUACUGCGUGGGCAAGAUGUCAUGCACCAUGAACUGGUGAAUGAUAUGAUUCACCCAAAACAAGUUUCAUACAAACCUAUGCCUAUAACUAAUGGGACUGUAAAGGAUUCAGCUUUACAGUCAGAAAAUAUGCAAGCUUUGGUGACACUAGGAUUUGUGAAAGAUGCUCAAGAUCAUAUGGAUAUACAAGGGUUUAAUGUUUACCACAAAAACCGGCUAAUUAAGCCCUUUUGGAGAGUCUGGAAUGCUGCUGGAAGUGAUGGUCGAGGAGUCAUAGGUGUUUUGGAGGCCAAUUUUGUCGAACCAGCUCAUGAUAAGCAGGGUUUUGAGAGGACAACGGCGCUGUCAAGACUUGAAUCACGGCUAGUUCAUCUGCAGAAGACUUAUUGGCGUGACAACUGCCAUGAAAUUGGUUAUGCACCACGAAGAUCAAUAAACAAAGUUGUUCCAAUAGUGUCUUCUCCUCUUCCAAUUAGAGGCAAUGGCAAUGCUAUAAAGGGAAUGACUCCCAACAGAAGUGAUGACAACGCUUUGGAAAUAAUCAGAAACAGUAGUAAGAGGAAUUCUGUUAAGAAAAUUGAACACAUUUCACCAAAUGUUGAAUCUUUAAGUGAAGAUGAUGAGAUGACUAAUAAUCAUAUCGAGUUACCAUCACCAACAAUCCAACACAACCUUUCCAGUAGUAACAAGGUGGAACAGAUCAACAAUGACAAGCAUACAUCUACAGAAAUGAAAGCAGAAGUUGAGAUGUUACGAAAAGAGAACCUUGAGUUGAUACAGAGGCUAGAAAAGGCUACUGAAUCAAGGGAUGAUUCGCUGCGAGAGCUACAAUUUGAAAGAGAUAGGAGUAGAGCCCUUGAAGCUCAAUUUGAAGAGGCCAAUAGAAAAAAUGCUGAAAUGGACAAAGAGCAGGAAGCUCUAAUCACGAUAUUUGCAGAGGAAAGAGAGCGAAGAGACACCGAAGAUGAAAAGAUGAGGGAGCGUUUAAGGGCUGCUUCAAAAACAAUUGACGAAUUGGUCGAAAAAGUGCACACAAUGGAGAAAUACAGGCAGCUUCCAAGAUGUAAGCCUGAAAUUGAUUAA